CCCAAAAAUGUUUAAUAACUUUAAAAAUAGUUUCAUAUCGGCCAUGGAGCCUGAUCAGAGUUCUACCGGCUGGCUGAGAGAUAAGUUCCCUUACGGGCGUCCUCCAUUCCUACAGUUGCUUACUGCCGACGAGCUGCGUGCCUCUGCCAAUCAUAAUGUUCGACCGAUUAUUGUUCCGCGAGACUUAAAUUUGUUGCCUUGGGGCACCGGCUAUGCCGAAUGUAUAAACUCUGGCAAAUCUAAGUGGAACGAGGAUCAAGCUGCCUUCUGUCGGCAUGUGCUUAUGGAUCCAGAUAAGAGGCAUCCCGAUCUGCCCUACACGUAUUUUGGUAUUUUCGAUGGCCAUGCUGGCUAUGGCGCUGCAUUGGCCGCCUCUCAUCAAUUUCAUGAUAUACUGCACGAGAUGCUGGUGGACUGCAGCGAGCUGUUGUUGCAACGUGAUGAAGACAACGAUAACGGUAUACCGCAACUCAAUCCGACAUUCCCUCAUCCGACCUACUUUCAGCGGCGGGUCAGCAGGGAUGAACUGAUUAUUGGCGCCCUGGAGAACGCUUUCUUCCACAUGGAUUGGCUAAUUGCACAAGACAGGAAGCACUACCGCAAUGCGGGCGGCUGCACGGCUUGCGUCGCACUUUUUAUUGAUGGUAAAAUGUAUGUGGCUAAUGCUGGUGAUAGUCGGGCCGUGCUCUGUCAGCGACGAGCGGGAGCUAGAGUCGCAGUUAGUGAGACGCAGUCAGAGCCCAAUGAGAUUGAGCCGAAUCCGAUAGACAGUUUAGAUAGUUACCCGACGGCCUAUUCCGCAGAUCAUACCCCGGAAACAGAACGUGAACGUUUAAUGAACGUGGCUAGCUUAAAACCACAUUUGAUGCGCCAACAGUAUGUGACUAUGGAGUAUGCUAAACGGCCACAUAUUACGGACAUGGGCAAGCGUAUACUCUGCCGGCAAAGUACCAUGAAAGGCUGGUCAUACAAGACGUUGACGCGUAAUGAUCUGCGCAUGCCUGUGGUUAAUGGCGAGGGUAAACGCAGCCGAUUGCUGGGCACGCUGGGCGUGACUCGUGGCUUUGGUGAUCACGAUUUACUAGCCAUUAAUACGGGCGUUCAGAUAAAACCAUUUCUAACGCCACAACCCGAUGUGCGGCAGCGUGAUCUUAGUCAGGUUGUUAGCAUACCCGAUGAACACAAUGAGGAUGGUGAUUACGGCGUACUUGUAAUGGCCACCGAUGGACUUUGGGAUGUGUCCGAGAAUGACGCUGUUUCACGCACCGUCUUCCAAAUGUUGUCACGUUAUCCCAAGGAGAAACAUCGCUACACAAUGGCCGCCCAAGAGUUGGUAGCACGUGCCCGUGGAAAAAUUAACGAGUCAGGGCAUUGGCGCUUAGCGGAUAGUAAAGCGGCGGCUACAGUCGAUGAUAUUUCAGUGAUUGUGAUUCCAGUAUACCAGUAUUACAAAGAGCAUAUCGAAUGGACACGCAACGACACACGCGAAUUAGAGAAGCGACGGCGCAAAACAGUCGAAGCCAAUAUGGCUCAGGAAGCGGCAAAUGCGCUCAAUGAUAUCGUAGCUGAAGAGGCUAAUGUUGUGGAAGAGCCACAUAUCCAACAGCAGCAAGUGACUGCACAGGUAGAGACGGUGCCUGCACAGCUGACACAAGAAAAGAAGAAGCAGGAGGAUCAGGAACAGCGUUCGAACUGGAUCUAGAGGUAACUCUCGUUGUAGAACUAAGCGAUAACACAUCGCUCCAGGCGGGCCUCAAAACAGUCAGCAACAAGUACAACUGGAUGCACGUGUAAAAGGCACAUUAGAGGACCCAAUAGUAAUAUCAGCAGACAAUAAUAACAGCAGUUGUCUCAAAAGUAGCGGCAUCAAAUAAACAACGCAA